CUGGCCGUUAUUUUAAAGCUAAUAGACUUAGUAACAAAUUAGUUUAUAUUUUGAUAUAUGAAAACGGGGGAAGCAGUCUAGCAGUAGCGGCGCAGCCUCAGUGUUUGAUUCUCAUUCGAAUUCUCAUCAAUCAAUAAAAUAUGGGCACACCCAUCAUCACCAGAAAACGGUUGUUCAAUUUACGGUCUCUUUAUUAUUCGUCAUCUCUAUUCUACUCGUCACAUUCCACCAUCCCAUCAUCGACAUCAACAUCAUCAUCAUCAUCACCAUCCAAAACCCCACUCGAAAAACAAUUCGAAACAUGGAUCAACCAUCUCAAACCCGGUUUCACCCCUUCCGACGUAAACCGGGCCUUAAAAGCCCAAUCCGACCCAGAUCUCGCCCUCGACAUUUUCCGUUGGACAGCCCAACAACGUUCCUACAAACACACCCCUCUCACCUAUCUCACCAUCAUCAAACAACUCAUCACCAAUCGCCAUUACCAUCAAGCCGAAACCCUCGUCGAAGAAGUCAUCGCCGGCGCGUGUGACCCCACGCUCCCUCUCUACAACUCCAUUAUCCGCUUCUGUUGCAAUCGCAAAUUCCUCUUCAACCGUUCCUUCGACGUUUACAACAAAAUGUUAAUUUCACAGGAUUGUAAACCUAAUCUCGAAACCUAUACUCUAUUGUUCAAUUCUCUUCUUCGUAGGUUCAAUAAAUUGCCCGUUUGUUAUAUCUAUUUACACUCUGUUCGUUCUUUAACUAAGCAAAUGAAAGCUUCUGGUGUUAUACCUGAUACUUUUGUCUUGAACAUGAUUAUUAAAGCUUAUUCCAAGUGUUUAGAACUUGAUGAAGCAAUUAGGGUUUUUAAUGAAAUGGGGUUAUAUGGUUGUGAACCUAAUGCUUAUACUUUUAGUUAUAUUGCUAAGGGUUUGUGUGAGAAAGGGAGGGUGAAUCAAGGGUUAGGGUUUUAUAAGGAAAUGAGAGUGAAGUGUAUGGUUCCUAGUACUAGUACUUAUGUGAUUAUUGUUUGUAGUCUUGCUUUGGAAAGGAGAUUUGAGGAUGCUAUUGAAGUUAUGUUUGAUAUGUUGGAUAAUUCUAGGUCACCUGAUCAUCUUACUUAUAAGACUGUUUUGGAAGGAUUGUGUCGAGAAGGGAGAGUCGAUGAUGCCUUUGAAUUGCUUGAUGAAUGUAAGAAGAGGGAUGGUUUUAUGAAUGAGAAGAUGUACAAGACUUUGUUCAAUGAUUUGCGGUUUGUUUGCAGGGACUAGAUUGUGUACUAAUUAUCAUGAUUAAUGACCUUUUUUAACAACAUGAUUAUGAUGAUGUUUGUUUUUGUCUGAGUUGAACUUGAACGGAUGAUUUAUUGCUUGUUGGUACUGGUAGAGCCUGAUUUGGAGACUUUUGUUGAAUGAAUUAUGUUGAAACAUAUGAACAGAAAAAUUUUAUUGCUUGGAGAAUUUUGUCAACUUUUGAAGUUAUUUCCAUUGCACAUAUUAGUGUGGAAGGAGAGGGCAGUAUUGCAGUAACAGCAGGGCACCUGAAUAUAUGUUGACACUAAUCCUGAUGUUGAUGAUAUGAUGGCACAAGCUCCGUUUUGGCUGAAAGGGGCUUCUAAUUUUGAAAACACAAGCAUGUUAUAUAACCUUACCACAGCUCUGUGGUCACAUGAUUCUACAGGUGGAGCAAAAACUGGGGUGUAAUUUCCACUUGUUGAAGUUGCUUGUGGAUAGUUUGCUGGAUGAGCAUCUUAUGAUGUCAUAUUACUGUCUAAAGCAACCAAAUAAUCAUCUGAUUUUUAGUUUUUGCUGCCCUUAAUCAAUUUGUUUAAGCCGGGAGUUCAACUGGAAUAAAGCUUAGUUGAAAGUUUUGCAGUUGGUAGCAUUUAUCUAUUUUGUUUAAUUAUUCCAUGGUUUGGAAUAUCUCAACUUGUCUUACUGGUAUAAGGGAGGAAUUUCAUUGUGUAAGAAUUGACUCGCCAAGAUCUUGUGUAUUCUGAAUAAACAGAGAUUUACCCAAUUUGUGUACGGUGAUGAUCAUCUUUACUUACUAAUGGAAUUUUGUUUCCCUUUACAA